ACGUCAUUAACGAGCGAGCUAGAGCGGCGCUUGCUGGAGAGAAAACAGGAGCAGGGCAAAAGUCUUCGGACCACGUCUUUGACAUUUGAAUUUUUUAGGAUAAAUCCACGAUUUUAACACACGUUUUUUGGAGGGUCUACUGCUGUUCAAUCAGAAAAAGAACAAUUGGCACGGUACUGUGAAAUCUCAAGAAGUGAGUUUGAGGCUGAUCCGAAUGCCUGUGGUCCUCCACGCACCCCAGAGACAUAUGACGCGGCGGUUGCUGAUCUCCAGGCUGACAACAUCCAAGGCGUCAGAGGAAUAAAGUGGAAAUAUGGGUGACUCAGAGCGAACCUUCCUAGAUGUUGCCAUUAUGGAAGCCCUACCAGAACUUCCAGCGGUGAACAAAAACAUCCUGGAGGAGCACUUACAGUCCAUUGGAGUCGAGACCUCUGAGGAUCUACGCUUUGUAACAGAGGCAGAUUUAAUGACCGGACUAAGACCUGUGCAAGCCAGAAAGCUUAUUUCUAUUUGGAAACAGAAAUACCAAACUCCCGAGAACAGCUCAGGACAGCUAUCAUCUGUGGAAUCGCUGUCAUCGCUCUCUCUUUCACCCAGAAGUUCAACGUCAACCUCAUCCAGCAGCUCAGGACUCGACACACAGGGGGACGACAGCUUUGAAGUUCCAUGGGGGAAAAUGCCAGAGGAAGUGAUGGAUUCUCUGGAGAGGGGAAAAAGGCCAGGCCCAAGACUGAGGAGGCAAAUGAUCCGGAUUGUUGUGACUGAGAUGAUGGAAAAAAGCCCUCAUGUAGGUAAAAAGCAUUCAACUGACGUUGCAAAAAAAAUGGUGGCAAAAUAUCCCAGUUCUCUGCAAGAUGUAAUAGAGGGCGAUAUUGUUGGAACAGGCUACCAUUCGAUUGUCAAACAGUUGCAAAACAGAAUUGAAAAUGUGAGGCGCACUUCAACACCCAAAAUAAGAAAAAGAAAACAUCAGACUGAUGUCUCAGACCACACAGACGAGAUCCCAUUAGAAGAGAGAGCAGCAAUGCAGGACACUUAUGGAUGUGUUAAAUGGAAUGUAAAAUUCCUGCCCCUUGAAGAAACUCAAGAGAGCCAGCAGCAAAAGAUGGAAAAACUCAAAGUGAUGUUCCAACAGUCUGAUGCCAAUUCAGAGGAGGUAAAAUGUCUAAUGAAGUCCACUUUUUACACACAGCGUCAACAUGUCAACCAGGGAAAAAGUAUCAAAUGCCUUAGAGAGGAGUGGCCAUUUUGGUUUGAUGAACUUGGCAUGUCGAUCCACUUCAAGGAACUCACUGGGAUUGACCUCAAAGAGACAUUCACACGGAAUUUGGAUUUGAAGGGAAAAAGGCUGCUCGACUACAUGACCACAGUUUGUGUCAACAAGAGCAAGAGGUUCCUUCAGAAUUAUGCAAGGCUUCAGAGGAUGCGGGGACCGCAGAGUGGCUGCUCAGAUGAUGUGAUCGAGAUGAUCCUGCUUCUGCUAAGCUACUUUGAUGAGAAGGAGGAGUCCAUGUUCUUCCAUGUAGAAGAUACAUGUCUGGUAGAAGAGGUCCAACUGGAGCAAGUACCUCUGACACCCACUAUUAUUGUCUGUGGACAGUCCUGCUAUUCCUCAACAAGGUACAUGCUGAGUCUGGAUCGGAACCUUAUCAACACAAACAUCUCCUCCUUCAUUUCUGCCCUGUGCCUCAUGUUCGGGAGCUACUACUGUUUUAACAUCCAUUAUUCAUCUGAGCUGGCUUCAACCCUGGAGUUUCUUCAAAGGUGUUUUUUCUUGAUAAACCCAGAAAAAGGAACCAAAGUAGAGAACAAAAACUCCAAGCGUCAUCUCAACUUGAACCCUCGCGUCCUCACCCUGAUACAGGAACUCUCUGAUCACGAGUGGUGUGCCUAAAUAUGGACUCUUUCUGUGGACUCUGACUGUUUGUUUGAGAAGAGGUACUGUUAGUCUUUGCUAUGUUUAAAUCCAUGAUGUGUAUUAUGGUAAUUAAGGCACAAUAUGUAAGUUUUAUUUUAAAGUCUUCAAGGUGCACUAUGUAACUUCUGGUAGAGGGUCUGCCAUCUUCUUGUUUCAUGAAGAUCUUAUACUUUGCAGGAAUGUUCCAAAGUAUGGUAUAAAACUUAUUUACCUUUCAUUUAUUCAAUUAGAGCUGUUUUUAUUGCAAAAAAUACCUUAACAAACUGUGAGGGGGCUCACCUCUCCACAGAUCUGAUCUGUAAUUUGGCCUGUUGGCAUCACCUGAUUGUCUCCAUGGAGAUAUAGUUUUAUGCCAUACUGUGGAACAUUCCAGACAGGGAGAGUGUAGUGUUGUUGUUAUGCACCUGGCACUUAAACUUUGUGUGACAGAAAUAUGUUCAGAUUUAAAGAGGUUAAUGUCCAGAUUUAGAGAGGCUUGUCUUCUGGAUUAUUUCAACUUGGAUUCAGUCAAGGUUAAAAGAACCAUUACAUGUAGGUUCUUUGCAUGUUGUUUGUAUACGUUGAAAAGAAAACACAUCCAACUGUUUUAUGGCGUACUGUGGAACAUUCCAGACAGGGAGAGUGUGGGCUGUUGUUGUGCGCCUGGCACUUAAAGGAGAAUUCCGGUGUGAUAUUGACCUAAAGUGUAUCGAAACAUGAUACCGAGUGUGAACGUAUGUCUCAUAGCCCAUCUCGGCUUGUUCCCUGCACUCCAAAAUCUGGCGCUAGU